AUGGGCUUUGCUGACUCUGCUGUUGCUUCUGCUGCUGCUGCUGCUGCUGCUUCUGCUAUUGCUGCUGCUGCUGCUGCUGCUGGAGUGGCACUGCAGCGAGUUGCAGCAGCUGCAGGAGAACGCACAGAAGCAGCAGCAAAACCAGCAAGAACAGAGCAACAGCAACAGCAACAGCAACAGCAGCAGCAGCAGCAGGCCUAUCAACAACAGCAGCAGCAGCAUGAGGCACCCACCGACAGCAGCAACGAGGCUGGUGUUAAGAAGCAUCUCUACGAGGGUGACGGGGCCGCAUACGCAGCUACAGCAGACCAGCAGCAGCCUAACAACCCCACCGUUGCUGCUGCUGCUCUUGCUGCUGCAGCAGCUGCUGCUCCCGCUGCUGCUGCUGGUGAAACUAUAUUCAAUAUGCAGCGCCACGCCCUCACCAACCUCUGCAGCAGAGCAGCAGCGGCAGCAGCAACAGCAGCAGCAGCAGCAGCAGCAGCAGCAGCAAGACAGUCUACAUCGAUAAGCGUCACAGCUCGCCUUCUCCCCGGGCAGCAGCAGCAGCAGCAGCAGCAAGUCUCCUCUGCUGCUUGCUUCUUGCCCCACACAUAUUAUCGCGCAGCAGCUCCAGUGUCUGCAGCAGCAGCUCUGGCCGCGGCAGUACCGGUCGCAGCAGCAACAGCAGCAGCUGCAGCAGCAGCAAAAGGAGCAAGGAUGGCGCCCAGCUUGUCUCCAUGGCCGCAUGGUUCUGGCGGCAAGGCCAGCAGCAGCAGCAGCAGCGGCAGCAGCAGCAGCAGCAGCAGCAGCGCAGCGGGAACGCUGCACACGCAGCACAAGCUGUCGAGUAUGCUGGUGCUAACAAAGGAAGAAGUUGACGCAGCCCACAAGGCCACAGACCAGUGGCUUCGAGUUGUCGAGGAGGUUUUGCUGCCUCCAGUUGACUUCAGAGAGCACAAGGGGAGAUACGGCAAGGUUUGUGUUAUCGGCGGAUCUGCCGCCUACACAGGGGCCCCUUACUUCGUUGCCUCUGCUGCUCUGCGUAUGGGGGCGGACUUGGCUACGGUGAUAACAACACCCACCGCUGCUGUGCCCAUCAAGUCAUACAGCCCGGAGCUUCUCGUCUACCCUAUACUACCUUGCCGCUACGGACUGCACGGGAAGGCCACCGACCAUGACGGCCCCUUUGACUACCAGAUGGAGUUGGCGCGGCUCAGAAUUCAUGCGGAGCCUCUGCUGCGCAAGGCCGACGUCGUUGUGAUAGGGCCUGGCCUUGGGGGCAGCAGCAACUACCGCAUCCAUGAGGAGGAUGAAGCGCUGCAGCAGCAGCAGCACCACCACCAGCAUCAGCAUCAGCAGCAGCAGCAGCAGCAGCAGCAGCAGCACGGGCACAAGGCUGGAGAUAAGAGUAGCGGUGGGGGCCGCUUGUCUCAGUUGUUUAAGGGGGCGCUAGACGAUAUGCAUAAGGUAGUGAGGAGCUCAUCAUCAGCUUGUGCUGCAGCAGAUCAGAAAGCAGCAGCAGCAGCAGCAGCAGCAGCAGCAGCAGACCCAACCAACCCCACUACUAUGGACCACGCACGACUCAAGGCAGCAGCGAAGGAAGCGGAAGCUGCUGCAGCAGUCACACAAAAAGCAGCAAUUAUGCUGCUGAGGCUCUGCAUACACCUGCGUAAACCCCUCGUGCUGGAUGCGGAUAUGCUGCGUAUUUUAUCUAUCCACGGUCACGAGCACUUCCUCUCUCUGCUUGAGGGCUAUGGGGAGGCAGUGUUGACCCCCAAUGCAUACGAGUUAGACUUGCUGCUGCAGGCGCUGCGUCGGCGUCAGCACCAGCUGCAGCAACCACCACCAGCAGCAGCAGCAGCAGCAACAGCAGCAGGAGCAGCAGGAGGAGAAGAACAUCUUCCUCAUAGUAGAACGCAUGCAUUGUUUCCCCCCUCUGUUAAGGCUGAAACACUCACACACCACAUAAGAGAGACAGUGGGGCUGCUGCGGGGCCCUACAGUAUUCGCAAAGGGGCGCGUAGAUUUGUUGGGGGCUUAUCUAGGGUAUGAUAGGAAAGAAGAGACAAAAGAAGAGACAAAAGGAGAUAAAAAAACAGAACUAAAAAGAGACAGCAGCACAGCAGCAGCAGCAGCAGAACCACCAGCAGCAGCAGCAGCAGCAGCAGCAGCAGCAGCAGAAGAGGUUUUUGUUGCUGUCAGCAGCCUUGACGUUCGCUUCUUGGGGGCCCCCAAACGAUCAGGGGGCCAGGGAGAUGUACUCUGCGGGGUGAUAGCACAGAUGCUGGUGUGGGGGGAGAGGGGGCGGGGGCAGCAGCAGCUGCGAGAGCUGCAUAUGUGUGCGGAGAGUAUAGGAUUGAAGCUGCCUGCAUGCAGCAGCAGCAGCAGCAGCAUAAGCAGCAGCAGCAGCAGCAGCAGCAGCAGCAACGCAGCAGCCCAAAUGUUGCUGCUGCAUGCAGCUAGUCUUCUUACACGCCAGGCUGCUGCUCUCGCAUUCAGGCACCACGGCAGGGGCCUCAGCGUCAACCAAAUAUUAGAUAAACUCAAUGCUGCUGCUGCUAUCGUCUUUCCUAAGGCAUGGCUGCAGCAGGAUACACUAUAA